AUGAUGGCGUUGAUGCCCGUGAACUGCUGGAAGAUCUGGAGGAGCACGGCGAUGACCAGCUGGGGCCGGUUCCGGCGCUGGAGCAGGUUGCGGAACGGGUGCUUCACCUCCUGCGCGAUCCGGCUCGCCUCCACGAUCUCGUUGAACUCCGGCUCCACGUUGUCGGUGCCGCGGAUGCGCUUGAGCACCGCCCUGCCCUCCUCCAGGUGGCCGCGCUCGAUGAGGCUGUUGGGGGUGUCGGUGACGAAGAGCGCGCCCAGGGUGAGCAUCGCCGCCGGGAUGCCGGCCAGCGACAGCGACAGCCGCCAGCCCCACGGGUGGAUCUUGCUCGUGCCGUAG